AUGAGAAUCCUCACACUCAUAACCGCUCUCCUGGUCUCCACACCCACGACUCUAGCAGCCCUCUGCACAGCCUCUGGUCUCCUGGGACUCGGCUCCACCUCUCCCUCUUACAAUGGCCAGUUCUACCUCCGAGCCCGUUCGGCCUCCAACGUCGUCCGAACCAUCAUAACAUCACCACCAGAUGCCUCCGCCUACUCCCCUUUAGCGCUCGGAGCAGCAAACACGCAACCGUCCUCGGCCGCUGUCCCGAAAUUCACAUUAGAUGCCAAUCGCGUGCUGGUUCCCAUCGAUGGGAAUAUAUUGGUUACGAAAGAAGAGGGGUUGUUGACGCCUCAGCCUCUCUACCUUGCGGCAAAUGGGCUGGGGAAGGAGGCGCAAGUGCAGGCUGUGAAUGUCAAGUKUGAUGGGAUUGAGAGGACUGUUUUGAGAUUUACGGACUCGCCGGUUGGGGCGCUUGGAAGUGCAACUACGAAUGAGACUUUUGCGGCCGGGGCAGGGAUUUCGAGUCCGAUUCUUGGUGGGCUGUUGACGCUGGGAGCUCCGAUUGAUUUGCUGAUGUUGCCCUUUACGCCACGGGCGUGA